ACUUUGGUAGAGGCCGGUUUUCCUUUUUUUUCACGCCGAGCGGAGCAAGAUGGCGGCUGUACUGCCGAGGACGAGGUGUAGUAGCCGCUCGGCAUGAACAUUUAUUUUUGAAAUAAAUUUAUUAAAACCAGACGGAAAUAUUUGAACGUCGGACUACAAGGGUCGUGUACUACUUCACUUCAUUACAAUAAUCGCCAUUUUUUAUAUUGUGUUAAGAAUUUUCUGACAACAUGAUCACAUUGUAGUAGCUAGCUCACUAAACUAGCAAGCAUAGCCAGCCUACCACCGUAGCAAACGCAGGAGAAAGUGUAGAAUGGGAGAAAAGCUAGAACUCAAGCUGAAGUCGCCGGUUGGAGCAGAAGCUGCUGGUUAUCCGUGGCCGUUACCAGUAUAUGACAAACACCACGAUGCUGCUCAUGAAAUGAUUGAGACCAUUCGGUGGGUGUGUGAGGAGAUCCCAGACCUUAAGCUGGCCAUGGAGAACUAUGUCCUCAUCGACUACGACACCAAGAGCUUCGAGAGUAUGCAGAGACUUUGUGACAAAUACAAUAGAGCCAUUGACAGCAUCCACCAGCUGUGGAAAGGCACAACUCCGCCCCUGAAGUUGAACAAGCGGCCGUCCAAUGGGCUGCUCAGACACAUCCUGCAGCAGGUGUACAACCACUCGGUCACGGACCCCGAGAAGCUCAACAACUAUGAGCCCUUCUCCCCCGAGGUGUACGGCGAGACCUCCUUCGACCUGGUGGCCCAGAUCAUCAACGAGAUGGAGAUGAUGGAGGAUGACACCUUCGUAGACCUCGGCAGCGGGGUUGGACAAGUGGUGCUGCAGGUUGCCGCAGCAACGAACUGUAAACACUACUUUGGUGUGGAGAAGGCAGACAUUCCAGCCACUUAUGCUGAGUCUAUGGAUAAAGAAUUUAAGAGGUGGAUGAAGUGGUAUGGGAAGAAGCACGGGGACUACACGCUGGAGAGGGGGGAUUUCCUGUCUGAAGUGUGGAAGGACAGGAUCGCCAACACAAGUGUUAUUUUUGUGAACAACUUUGCCUUUGGUCCAGAAGUGGAUCACCAGCUAAAGGAGCGCUUUGCUAACAUGAAGGAAGGUGCGAAAAUUGUAUCAUCAAAACCUUUUGCACCUCUAAAUUUUAGAAUCAACAGUCGAAACUUGAGUGACAUUGGCACAAUAAUGAGAGUCGUUGAGCUGUCUCCGUUGAGGGGUUCAGUGUCCUGGACAGGGAAGCCAGUUUCCUACUACCUUCAUACAAUAGACCGCACCAUACUUGAAAACUAUUUUCAUAGUCUCAAAAAUCCUAAACUCAGGGAGGAGCAAGAAGCAGCUAGGCGUCGACAAGAAAAGAAUAGUAAAGACAGUAAAAACACCACCCCAACCAAGGCAAAGGAGCACAAGGAUUCCUGCGGGGAGGAUGAGCAACCGAGGCCAUUGGCAGUCGUGAAGGCGUCACCCAAACCCCGCCGCGCCAAACUCCUCAGCAAAGGCCGCAAGCUGAGCGCUCGGAAGCGCGGGCGUCCCAAGAAGGCUGCCGUGACUGCAGCCGAACGCAAGAGCAAGAAGAGCCAGAGUGCCCUGGAGCUGCUGCACGCCAAGACCAUCUCUGCAGCACCCCCUCAGGAUGCAUACAGGUCACCUCAAAGUCCCCUCUACCAGCUACCUCCCAAAGUUCAGCACUAUGCGUCUGGGCAACUGCUGCUGGGCCCCACUCCUCCUGGCUUACAACAGCUUCUAGACAACAUUAAAGUCCAGUACCUCCAGUUCAUGACCUACAUGAAGACACCUCAGUACCACAAUCACCUGCAGCAAGUCCUGGAGCAGGAGAAGCUAAAACACAGAGAGCUCUCUGGGCAGGCGGAGCAGCUGCAGACUGUGUGUCAGACCCACAAAGAGAAGAUCAAAGGCCUCUUCCACACCAAACUGGAUGAGCUGGGAGUGAAGGCCCUAACUGUGGAGGACCUGCUGCAGGCCCAGAAGGAGAUCUCAGCCCACAACCAUCAGCUGAAGGAGCAGACCAAGCAGCUGGAGAGAGACAUGAUUGAGCUGAGGGACCACAGCCUCUUCCUGUUGAAGUCACGGUGUGAAGAGCUGAAGCUGGACUGGAGUUCUCUGUGUCUUGAGAGCCUGCUGAAGGAGAAGCAGGCCCUACGCAGACAGAUCUCCGAAAAACAGCGGCACUGUCUCGAGCUACAGAUCAGCAUCGUGGAGCUGGAGAAGAGUCAGAGACAACAGGAGCUGCUCCAGCUCAAGUCCUACAGUCCCUGUGAGGAUUCCCCUUACCGUAAGGGCCUCCCUACCCUGGACCACGACACCCCCAAACUGAGCCUGGUCGUGGCCGGCCUCAGCCCCGAACUGUCCAUCAACAGCACCGCCUCGCCCUGCUUCGACAGGAGGGCCACCAAGGGAGAGCUCCUCUCCCGCUACCUGCCCAUCUCGCCUGACCACGAGAUUGUGCCCCCCACCCCGGACGCCCGGCACAGGCAGCUGGGUCACCCCCUCCCUGACUACACCCGCUUCUCCCCAGCCAAGAUCGCCCUGCGCAGACACCUGAACCAGGACUCUAGUACUGCACACUUCAGAGGCUUGGGCUUCACUGGUCUCAGGGGGGAUAUGGGCGCCAUCACCUCUCCACUAGGCGCUAAACUGAGCUGCCUGUCUCCCAACUCAUCAGACAGUCAGCAGAACAACAUACUCAGGAGUGCUGAGAGGGGGGGUAAGGAGAAGAGUCCAGCAGGGGGUCCGGGUGAAGCCAUCACCAGCCUGCCCAUCAGUAUCCCCCUCAGCACAGUGCACCCCAGCAAACUCCCCGUUAGCAUCCCCCUGGCCAGUGUGGUGCUGCCCAGCCGAGCAGAGAGACUGAGGAGCACACCGAGUCCUGUGUCCCAGACAGGCCAGACCAACGGGUACUCCUCUAGCUUAGGGCUGAUGAACGGAGGCUCUCACUCUGAGGAACAGGACGGGGCUGCCCCCUCCCCUCCCCCUCAUGGUGCCCCUUCAAUGGGACCAACACAAGGCCACAGCCCCCCCCUCAGCACCGGAGGGGUCCUCCAGUAUGCCGACGGCACCCCCAGAAUCCUCCCUGAGGACAGGGCCGAGCGCCAGGGCGAGUCUGACUCUGAGCCCCAGGACAGCGAGUCCAGACGCCGCAUGUUCUUCUCUUCUUCCUCUUCAUCGUCUUCCUCCUCCUCUGGGGGCGCCGCUUCUCGCCUCCGCCUCGGCUCGGCCAGACAAAGCCAGCAUCACCUAGGUAGCCACAGUAACCACAACAACCACCACCACUCGCCGGGCUCCCAACACACAAACUCUCACGGCCAUGGGUCUCAGGAGGAACGCAAGCGUGGGAGGAGGAAGCGAAGCUCAACGGGGACUCAACCUGCCAGUGGCUCCCCAAAGAGGAAGUCCUUUCCUGGGCUCAGCUCCACCAAUCACCCAUCAGGAUCCCCACUCAACAUCAACUCCAUGGUGAACAACAUUAACCAGCCUCUGGAGAUCGCUGCCAUCUCUUCCCCGGAGCAGUCUGGAUGUAGCCCCUGUGGUCCAGACAUGGACCAGCCCCCUGUAUUGAAGCGAGAACGCCCCCUGGAGAUGAAUGGCUCAGGAUGCUACUCCUCCGCACCCAGCUCUGAUGAUGACUCUGGCUACCCUGCGGACAGCUCCAGCUCAAGAAUUGAAAGGAAGAUUGCCACUAUUUCCUUGGAGAGCAGAGAUGGACCAGGCAGACCAGGGGACAGGGAGCGCGGAAGGAAGUCAGGAGGCAGCAGCAGUAACAGCACAGGAAGUGAGGUCUCCUCUUCAUCUUCCUCCUCAUCCAACAGCAAGUGGAAAUCCACCUUCUCCCCCAUCUCCGACCUCAAGCAGCCCCUGUCCGAGGUGAGGCAGGGGGGCUCCCCCUUUGGCACAGGGAGAGAGCCGCGGGGCCUGGGCAUGGGUACGGACUCAGACUCUGAUCACAAACCGCAGCAGCAGAGGAGGGGGUGCGAGGGGGCCGGGGACGAGCCCUCUGGGUUUCAGGACAUCCCCCUUAACCCCUUCCUUAGCCAGGAGUCUGGGGGCCGGGCAGGGGCAGGGGCCCAGGGAGGAAGCAGCUCUGAGAGGCAGGCCAUGCCCAAACAGAAGCCCCGGGGUGAGUGGGAGCUGAAGACAUCCAGCAGCAUGGGCAACAGCCAGAAUCUCUUCAUCUCUGCAGCCGUCAGCGGGGGUAUCCUGAGCGGCAAGGUAGGGGGCAUCCCCGUAUCUUCAGCCUCAGGGGCCUCUGUUGGACAUUACCUGGGGGCCCAGUUCCCCCUUGGGGGCGCCUCUGUCCUCCAGUCCCUGUUCGGAACCCAGCCGUCCGGAACCUCUGUGAGCGGGGCCCCGCGCCUGGUCAACGGACACUCUUCCCUGGGGAGCUUCUCCAGCGCUGGGCUGGCAGGCAUGUUUCACCACGUGGUGCCCUCAGUGUCCUCCCAUCAGUUUGGGGCUGCGCUGCCAGCCUCAGGAGGCCUCAGCUCUCUGCUCAGUCUCUCCUCCCAGCAGCACCAACAUCCUGCCCCACAGUCAGGCUCCUCCUUCCUGGCCUCUGUAUCCUCCUCCCUCCCCCUCUCCCAUUCCCAGCACACCCGCACCCAAACAGUGCUGCACACCCCUCCACCCCCCACGCUCUCCCUGCCCCCUCCACCACCACAUAUCAACGUCUCCUCCUCCUCAGUCUCGUCCUCUGACCCCAGUACCUCGUCUCGCUCUGAGGCCUCCCCCUCUUCUCUCCAGCAACAGAGAGUACAGUCCUCCUCUAUCUCGGUCUCCUCCUCUGCUUCUGUCUCCCCCUCUUCUUCACCUUCCUCUCGUAGCUUCACAGUGCACUACCCCCCUCAUCUGCCCCCUCCAACCCAGACCAGUAGCUCAGGAGGUGGGGUCAGCAUGUGGAGGACUCUGGGCUUGCCUACUUCCUACACGUCGUCCUCUCAGCACCCUGGCUCCCGGCCUAGAUAGGGCAUAGGGUGAGGGGCGGGUGGGGGAUGUGGUAUGGGGGGUGUGGGUCAAUCAGAGGGAUAAGAGGAAGAGACUGAUAGGGAGAGACACACAGACAACCUGGUUUUCCUGUGCUUCCAAAGCUGCUAUUCAGUUAUAACAAGGUAACUGAAGAAUAUCUACCUCAACCCAACGUAACCUAUGCAAAUGGACAGGUGUGGACCAAUGGACAAUACUAUCUCACUCGUGCUCCUAAGCCUGCUAAACCGCCACUGUACUGGGACUCACACACACACACACACACACACACACACACACACACACACACACACACACACACACACACACACACACACACACACACACACACACACACACACACACACACACACACACACACAGAGCUGAGCACACAUACACACACACUGCUUCGGCAACUCACGCUGACACAUACUCGCAGCAUGGCGUCCUGAGCAGAGUUGAGCGGUCACAGGGGUGUUUGUGUUGUGGGUUGAGGCUGAUAGUAAUCACUGGGUUUUGUUCAUCCCAUCCUUAAUGAAUUGGUAUGCUGCCUACUCUUAACAUUAUAGUGACACAUGAAACGCACUGUUUCCAUGGCAGUAACUUGUAAAGGUACAUCACUGUCACCAUGUAACGUGGUGCAAAUAAGACUUACUAAAUAUACAUAGUUAUUUGUUAAAGACUCAAUUCACACAGUUGACUACAGAAUAAGUCAGUCAGCAGUGUAGUUUUACAUAUCACUGAUGCCGUUAUAUUAGUAAAGGCAGACAGUGUGUACAGUGGGAGAUUCGUGUGGGCGGCACUCAUUCUAGUAGACGGCACUCUCCUCUUCUGUCAUUAUCUGACCACCGGGUGCUAUGUUAGACCUCACCCUCCACGCACACCAUCACACACACGCUAGACCAGUCUAACCCAGCUCUGAUCAGGACUAGGGACCAUGCAGCUGUGCCUCACUGCAUCUCUAGCACCCUGCUACCUAACCUUGAACCCUGAUCAUUUGUUCAGUGAAUGAAAUAUCAUUUGAACACAUUAGCUUUUGGCUAAUGUUAGCUUUUGGCUAAGUAUAAAACAGGGGGAAGCUGUUUGUUCAAAUGCACUGGGUAACAUAUCUGUGUACCCUGUGACAAUGUCCCUGGUGCAGGGACAGCACUAUAGUCAGCCGUCAGCCCAGAGUAAAAGGUUCUUAGUUAUAUUGGUGUAAUUAUGGUCUGUGUCAAGUCAAAGGAUCAUUUAUGUGAAUAACGUUCGUGUCUGGACAUGAAAUGGUCGGCUCAGAGGUUCUCAUUCACUUAAGUGCUGCCGGCUGAGCUGUGCAUCAACACAUGCAUGAUGUGAACAGCAGAAGGACUGGAGGAUAGAAAGCGGAAACAGGAUUCAGUUACUGAGACAGUCCGUUUAUAAUCACUACUUAUAGAGCCAGCUGGAGUGCUAGGGGCGUAGGGACCCGCAACACAAUGUGCAUUCUUCACAAGUAGGAAUCUCAACUACUCUUAAUCUAAGCUUCUUUGUUAUGUUUUUAUAUCCCUGCUGAAACACUGAUAUGAUGAAAUGAAAUGGAGGUGUAAUUUUGGGACUCAAAUGUUGUUUGUGUUGUAUUCAGGCAAGUCUCUGGAGUCACAUCUCACUGAGUUCACAGGGUAGAAAUGCUGUCUGUACGUGUCACCUUUUGUCCACUAACACUGUAGUGGCGCUUUCUGCAGCCACUUCAACCUGCACACACUGAUAUACAAACACCGCUCACACACUGGGAAAUGCAUGACUAACAAAAACUACUGGGCCAUUUCCACAGCUUUUCAUUGGAUUUUCUAUUUCAUUUUUGUAAACAGUAUUGUACUGUGAAUAAGAGACAUUCUCUGACUGUAUAAUUGUGUAUAAUUUAGAUUAUUAUAUUUAUGCUGUCAAGUUUCUCCAUUUUGUAAAGUUGUGUUUUUGUUUUCCUGAAACAUGUGUAACAGUGUAGAAUGCAAUAGGUUUAAGUGUGUACUUGACUCACAGUCUGAAAACAAUGGUGCUACAAUCUGUAUAACUCUGGACUGUGCCUCAUAUUAUUUAUACAAUAUUAAGAACAUCAAUAACUGUCAAUACUUGGUGCUUGUCCACAGGGACAUUUUAAAUGCUAUUUUCUGGCAUUCUUUCUCGUAUUUAAAAUGCAAUUAUCCAAUUGAAUUGUUUUAAACCUAGCGUACAACUGUAGACACUGCACGAUUUGAUAAAGCUAUCUUCAACCUACGGCUGACUCCGAGUUAUGAAAACAGGUAACGCUCUCAUUAGAUGUGAUUUUUCACAGUAUUGUUUUGGCAUACUGCGAAACACCCUUUUGCUUUCAGAAACUUGCAAAUUGUUCAGGACUAUUUGUAAAUGCAUGUGAUGCUGUGUUUUGUACAGAUAAGUUUGUGUUAAGAAUGGUGUGUAGGUGAAUAAGAAAUGCCUAGAUUGAUUUUGAGGUAUUAUAUUUGUAUGUUUUUUAAAUUUUCAUUUGGUGCUGAUGUGUGACCCACAUCUACAAGCCUGUCAAACUGGUUGGGCUUGGAAACAAGGGAAACAGCAGUGCGGAGUUGUUUAAAUCAGGGCCUUAAUAGAGUGAGUGAAACACCAUGACUGUUCAGUGUCAAUGAGGGCAUGCCUGUCACAUGGCACCGUCUCCUCUGAUAUACACAGGGAAACUCUAUGCUUGUACUAUUAUGUGGUUAACACAUACAGAGGGAGAGAUUUGUGCUGCAACUAGACUGUCUUGAUUUGUUCUGGAUUGUAAAUCAGAUUCACUUCAUGCUUUUUAAAGAGAAACCUCUACUCUGUGAAACAACAUGUCUUUCAGUCAUUGUAAAAUACUAUAUUUUAAACUAGAAAAGGUGCUGUUUCAACCAUACAAACUGAUUUCAGAUAAGGUUCUGGGUGCAUUCAAAAGCCAAAACUCAUCUUUCAAAUCUGCCUGUCCUGGAGUAUGUCUUAAAGCCGCCUCCUUCCCAUAGUAUGAGCAUAAUACAUCUGUUGUAAUUACAAGUGAAUUGUUCCAAUAUAACUGUUUGUAGAAUAACUAGUAUGCGUUACGUGGGUUUGCAACAACCAGGCUCCAUUUUGAUCUGAUUGUCAUUUGCCAGUCCUUACUAAUUGAGGAUGUGAAGCAGGAUAUUAAUUUAUCUUCAUUGUUUUGUUUGUUUCAUCUGUAUCUUUGAGGAGAAAUAAGACAUCACAGCAUUAUAGUCACAAUGUUGUCCAGUAGACAACAGUGCUUUGCAAUCAGGAAUGAGGACAAUGAUUUGCUCAUGUCGGUCAUGACCAGAGAAGCUGUUAUCAGCACUGACAGGUCUUUUAUAAUUACUGUUAUUGUUGAUGUUUUCAUUAUUAUUUUUUGUUUGGUAUAAUUGCAGUUGGUAUCAAUUAUGCUUUUAUUAUGACAUAAGAUUCAGAUCAAAUUGGAAUACUCUUAGACAGACAGUACGGUGCUCUCCUACACUUAAAACAAGGAAAAUGCAGCUACUGAUUAAUACACUUCCUCUCCUGUUGUGCUAGAGGAGGGAAAAGGUUUAAUAAAAUUCAACACAAGCUCGCUUGUUGACUUAUUAUUAAUGUCCCAUCUGAAAAUAUACUUCCUAGUUGGCUGGAGUGGCAAUGUGUGUGGGAGAGAGAAUAAUAUUGUGUAGUGAAUAUUGUUACUUCGACGUACCCCAUUUUAAAUAUUUCACCUAAAGAAGUACACAUGAUCUCUGGCAAAUUUGGAUACAUAUUUAAUACCGUAGUGCAGUAUACUGCUCUAUUAACUUUACAAUUAAGACUGUUUCACAUAACAAGACUCUGAAUCCUGCCAAAGGUCUCACUCAGGAACAUAGCAGAUAUCUUGAAACGAUAAAACACUACUGUAUACGUCACACUUAUCUAUAAACUGUGACUUCAUUAUCUCUUUCCCUAACUCAGGACCAGGGACCUCUCUUAUAUUUUGAUGUAACUUGAAAAAUCAUAUUGGUGCUUGGAGUUGACAAACUUCCUCGAAGAUGUAUGUUUGUCUCCUCAAUUUCUCACUGUCGCACACAUCCAGCCACUCCAGCAAAAGAUUACAGCUUUGUGUUCGACUGGUCUGACAAUGUCGUGGAAAAUCCUCUUCUUACACUCUCACAAAUGCCUCGUCUCACUCCCUCUCUCUGAAAAGGAAUUAAUGUCCUACAUAGGGAGAACGCUGUGAAGUUGGACUGAAUUUGAACUCUAUGUGGAUCAGUAGAACUAAGGGCAGGUUUGAGGUGUAAUAACAGCAAACCCACCUUUCAAAACGCCUUGGGCUGUCAUGGGAACUCUUGUCUGGUGUUGGUGCUAUUAUCUUAGAUGUGUAAUGACAAAUUGAAAUUUGCUUUUGUUUAUUUGCCUUUUUAUGAUAAUUAUAAAUAAAAUGGUUUAUUAUAAAGUA